GAACUCCUAGUCCUGGCUUCAGGGAUGAGUUCUCAAGCCUGCUGCCUCGUCUGUGGUGGGAGAUGGAAGGAUCAUGUCUUUCCCAGAGAACCUUCUGGAACAUAAAGGCCUUCGCCUUGAGUAGGAAGCAGGAAAACAGAAGUCGUCCACAGUGUCAAGAUUUCACUGAGAGUUUGCUGGGGCUCAAGUGACCUGAGAGCGUAAUGGGGCUCAAAGUCUGGCAGGAGGAAGCACCAGCAGCAACUGACUGGGCAGACUUCCCAGGAAGAUGCGGCCACUCCUGCUCCUGGUGGUCCUUCUCCUGCCCCCCAGGGCUAGGGCAGAAUCCUGGAGGCUCCCGCAAGGCUGGUGCCCUGCAGACCCAGUUCUCAUGAACCACCAGCUUCUCCGGCCCCUGCAGCACCUCUCCUGCCUCGCCAUCUUCUAACCUUUCUGGAGCCACCAAGCCGAAGCCCACACACCUGUCAGUGCAGAGAUAAGUGCCUAAUGCUUCCUUCCAGGGCAGAUCAUCGGAGGCCAAGAGGCCAGGCCCCAUUCCCACCCUUACAUGGCAUAUGUUCAGAUCCGAACUCCAGGUCUGAAAACUUGUGGGGGGUUCCUGGUGCGAGAAGACUUUGUGGUGACAGCAGCUCACUGCUUGGGAAGCCAAAUAAAUGUCAUCCUGGGGGCCCACAACGUCAGGAGGUUGGAAAGGACUCAGCAGCGCAUACCGGUGCUCAGAGCCAUCCCCCACCCCAGGUACAAUCCGCACAACUACUGGAAUGACAUCAUGUUACUGCAGCUGAGGAGCAGGGCCAGACGUAAUCGAGCUGUGAGGCCGGUGGCUCUGCCUCAGACCCAGAGCAGGCUGAGUCCUGGGACCCUGUGCACCGUGGCCGGCUGGGGCCUUGUCGGCCUGUACAGGAGAACAGACACGCUCCAGGAUGUAUGGAUCAGGGUGCAGAGGGGUGAGGAGUGCAGUAGACGCUUCACGUUCUACACCGGCCGAACACAGAUUUGUGUGGGCGACCCUAGAGAGAGGAAAUCCGCCUUCCUGGGGGACUCCGGUGGCCCCCUUGUGUGUAACAACGUGGCCCAGGGCAUCGUCUCCUACGGAAACAGCACUGGGACUCCUCCAGCAGUCUUCACCAGGAUUUCCAGCUUCCUGCCCUGGAUACGGAGAACGAUGAGACGCUGCCAAGAGUGGGGGCUGGAGUGACACCCCCUGUCACUGACUCCCCUUCUCUGGGGCAGAGCCCAGAUCCAGGGCGGUUCCCAGAGCCUUAAUAAACAUCCAUAUCUAGAGUGGAAAUAACCGAUUUCUCAUU